CACACCGCCCUCACGGUGCAGCGGUCCAGGGUUCGAUUCCCCCCUCCAAUCCUCCCUGUGUGGAGUUUGCAUGUUCUCCCCGUGCCUGCGUGGAUUUUCCCCGAGUACUUCGGUUUCCUCUCGCAUUCUAAAAACAUGCAUGGCGGGAUAAUGGAAGACUUAAAUAGUGUGCGAUUGUGAGCGCGAAUGGUUGUCGUCUAUGUGUAACCUGCGAUUGGCUGGGAACCAGUUUAAGGUGUACACUCGGUUACCGUCGUAUUUACAGUUUUAGUUUUUAUUUUAAUAUACAUAUUAACGGCGUCAAAGUGCUUGACAAGGAAUGUAGGCUCCACGGCGCAUAUGCGUAAAUGCGAGUUACGCGGCAAGCUGUAGUAACGUAACCACGUCGUAAGCCCGAGGACUCACUCUAUACCAGAAAGAACGUACAGUAUUGAGUUUGGACGCUAAUCGGGGCGGCAUAAAAUAUAGAAACAUGCGCGUGUGCGUGCACGUGAGCCGCGCAACAGCGCGAAUCAAACAACCGCAGUUUUGCCUUCAAAAGACGAGUGUCAAGUUUGCAAACGGUAGUUGAGCGACACCGGAUGUUCGCGCGAAGCGGCCAUCACCGUAAAAGCGUACCGUUCUCUUCUCACUUCGUAUGUUUUAUUUUGACGCCUGUCAUAUCUGCUGUCUGUAAUUGAGCGACUACCAGCACGGACCAAACUACAGGCGCGCUCUGCGCCGCCAAAUGACAAGCAGCAGCACGGAUAUUCUUCUGUUGGCUCAUCAUUUAUUGUAAACUAUUUUUGUUCUUUUGGAGCGGGGAAAAAAUAAAAAUUUUUAUUUUUUAUGAAGAAUGGGCUGUGCAAUAUCUGGCUUGGCUGAAACUGCAGACUUGGGAGAAAAGAGCACUCGCGAUGCUGGGAGAAGGGGAGGAGGAGCGCAUCCCAGCCAAAACCAGAUUGACAUGAUCAACGAGUCGUGGAAAGUUAUCAGGGACGACAUAGCAAAAGUUGGCAUCAUAGUGUUUGUCAGGCUCUUUGAGACCCACCCCGAAUGCAAGGACGUGUUCUUCCUGUUCCGAGAUGUCAAGGACCUGGAGAGAUUGCGGACCAGCCGCGAACUCAGAGCACACGGACUACGAGUCAUGUCUUUUAUUGAGAAAAGCGUGGCCAGGUUGGACCAACUGGAGCGACUGGAGGCUCUGGCAGAGGAGCUGGGAAAAAGCCAUUACCACUACAACGCCCCUCCGCAAUAUUACAGCACUAUGUUCCAGUACGUGACCCGCCUAAUGAAGAAAGGCUACGAAGACGAGGACCGAGAGAACCAGGCGGCAGCCUCCCCCAAGGAAAGAGGACACAAGAGGAACACAGCACCAUGAACGGCUCACCAAGUCUUGGUGUACAUGUUCCCCUUUUGAUAGCAGAAUGAAUCCAAACACAACAGUGACCUUUUUUUUUUUUUUAAACAGCACUUUAUUCGUCAACUUAAAUGCCGCUGCAGGACUGCCACGGCCCCGCUCGCUUGGGAUUCUCUGUCCACAAACGCGCCUUUCAGUACAUCUGAAACUUGUACAUGAUCCUGUGCAAUUAAAACGCGCAGGCUGAAAUCAAAUUCAUAUUUUCAAUUAAAGUGAAGAUUUUGUCAGAAAAUGAUGUUUGACAAAGAAAGAGGGCCAUUGUGGCAGCUGAAGGAGGCCCUAACCAUUCGACUUAUUUCAUUGCAAAAAUAACUAAUAACUAAAACUAAUAACCUGGGAUUUUAGCAAAACAUUUCCAUGCACCCCUUGCGGCAAAUUCAUACUUUUUAAAACAUCCACCCCCCCACCCCCCCACAAAAAAAAGGCAAACAGAGAGUGACUGCUUUGAUGCUCCUAAUUUGAACAUAAAUAAAGAGUGUAGCCACUUGACAAAAAAAAA